AUGAGCAUUAUGAGCAUCCCCAUGCGGCCUGCCAUGCCCAUGCGGCCUGCCAUGCCUCCCCCCCAGCGGCACGACAGUGCCCUUGGACCCUUGGAACGCCGCUGUGUGCGCUUCAUUGACAACUUCACCACCCUCCCCACCUUCGUCCCUUCCCUCCCCUCCUUGCAGCAAGCGUCGCAGCAGCCUGGUGGGGCAUCCCUAGUCGUGUGUGUGACCUCAGGCGGCACGACAGUACCAUUGGAGCGGCGCUGUGUUCGCUUCAUUGACAACUUCAGUGCCGGCAAUCGCGGGGCCGCCUCCUGCGAGCACUUCCUGGCGCAGGGCUACUCCGUCAUCUUCCUGCACAGACGGGGCUCCAUGCGUCCCUUCUGCCGCGGCCUGCCAGAGUCCCCUCUCCUCACGUGCCUGCGAGCCGUGCCCUGUGCUGCCACCCCCCGGGGUGAAGGCCAGGCCAUUUCGCCGUACAGGGAUGCCGUGCAUCGAGCCGUGUUCAUGUUCAACCAGGUGCGCCAACAGCCACAUGGCAUGCAAGCACAUAGCUUCUCCCCCAUGGCCCAUUUGUUCACCUCUGCUGUUGUUGUUACACCCCUCGACCUCUGCAAGCUCUGCUCAUUUACUCCUUAUCCCACCGUCUCUGUGAACCACGCACCACCGCUCAACGCCAUGCAGGCACAGGAAGGAGGGCGGCUGCUGCUGCUGCCGUUCACCACGCUCUUCCAGUACCUGCAGGUGAGCUGCUCUUCCAGUACCUGCAGGACUGCGACCUGCGCGUACCAUCCACCCUCCAUCUCGCGUCUCACCUCCUCGCUCAUCUCGCGUCUCACCUCCCCUCUCAUCUCGCCUUUUAUUUUCCACCUUCUCGCUUUCCAUCUUCCGUCUCUCUCCCCUCCCCAGCUGCUUCGCCUGGUGGCAGAAGCCUUGAACCCCAUUGGUCCACGUGGCAUGGUCUACCUGGCAGCUGCCGUGUCCGACUUCUUUGUCCCGUGGCCUUCCAUGGUGGAGCAUAAGAUCCAGUCGGGUGCAGGCCCACUGGACAUCCAUCUGGCGCGGGUGCCCAAGAUGAUUCCCCUCCUGCGCUCCCUCUGGUGCCCUCAAGCCCUCCUCGUCUCCUUCAAGCUGGAGACGGACAGCAGCAUUCUGCUCAGCAAGGCGCGCGCAGCCCUGAAGAAGAACCACGUGCAUGCGGUGGUGGCCAAUGAGCUGCUGACACGUGGCAGCAAGGUGGUGCUGGUGACAGAAGACAGGGAGGAGUUGUGGAGGCAGGUGACUGGGAAGAGGGAGGAGGUGAAAGCGCGGGGCGUGGGGGUUGUGGUGUGGGAGUGGGGAGGGCACGACGAAUGGGCAGUGGGGGACGUGGAGGAGCCAUUGGUGAGGCUGCUGGCGGCCAUGCACCAGAAGCACUGCCGAGGGGGCUGA